CAUCGACUUCCGGUUCCGUGUAUCAGGUCAAAGACAGGCCGAAGGGAGGAAAAUGGAAUGAAAUAUUUGUGUACGCCGUGAGGUACGGGAGGAGGAUAGACGUUGGGACGCAACCACCUGGGGGGAACGGAGAGAUCAUUUCUAGAUAUUGACAGAAAUGGGCCACAAGAAGCUGCGUCUGCUUUGGAGGUUUAUGGUUUUUCUUAUACUGGCUCUGAAGAUCCUGUCAGCAGCGGAUUUUGACCCAUACCGUAUCCUCGGCGUCAGUAGGACGGCAAGUCAAGCAGAUAUUAAGAAGGCAUACAAAAAGCUUGCAAGAGAAUGGCAUCCGGACAAAAACAAAAAUCCUGGAGCAGAAGAUAAAUUUAUCCAAGUUAGCAAAGCUUACGAGAUCCUCGCCAAUGAAGAGAAGAGGGCCAAUUAUGACCGUUAUGGAGAUGUGGGCGACAAUCAAGGUUACUCUCAGCAGCCGCAGCACCAUCACUUCCGACAUUUUCAUGACAGCUUCUACUUUGAUGAAUCUUUCUUCCACUUCCCCUUUAACUCUGAGCGCAAGGACUCAUCGGAUGAGAAGUACUUAUUGCACUUCUCCCAUUACAUCAAUGAGGUUGUGCCAGACAGCUUUCGCAAGCCCUACCUUAUCAAGAUUACUUCUGACUGGUGUUUCAGUUGUAUCCACAUAGAACCUGUGUGGAAGGAGGUUGUACAAGAGUUGGAGGGUUUGGGUGUGGGCAUUGGCGUUGUGCACGCUGGAUAUGAAAGACGUCUUGCUCAUCACCUUGGCGCACACAGCACUCCGUCAAUUUUAGGAGUAAUUAAUGGCAAAAUUUCCUUCUUCCACAAUGCCGUGCUUCGGGAGAAUCUCAGACACUUUGUGGAAAGUCUCCUUCCCUCAAACUUAGUAGACAAAAUUACUGAUAAGAAUUACAUCCGGUUCUUAUCCAACUGGCAGCAAGAGAAUAAACCCCAUGUACUUCUGUUUGACCAAAUGCCGCCUGUGCCGCUCAUUUACAAGUUAACAGCUUUUGCAUAUAAGGAUUAUCUGUCAUUUGGAUACGUGGAUUUGGGUCAGAGAGACGCUGAGCAAAUGACCAAUCAGUACAACAUAAAUAUGUAUGCUCCAACCAUGCUGAUCUUCAAGGAGCAUAUCCACAAACCUGCUGAUGUGGUUCAGGCACGAGGCAUGAAAAAGCAGGUAAUUGAUGACUUCAUUUCCACAAAUAAAUUCCUGCUGGCCGCAAGGCUGACCAAUCAGAAGUUGUUUCAGGAGUUGUGUCCCGUGAGGAAGUCUCAUCGCCAGCGCAAGUAUUGUGUAGUUUUGCUGACUGGGGAGGGAGAGCGGUUCAGGAAAUCCUAUGAUGCCUUUUUAUCUUUUGCUUCGGCCAACACUAAAGACACCGUAAGAUUUGUACAUGUCUUCAAGGAACGUCAGAAGGAGCUAACUAAUGCUUUGCUGGGAGGGGAAGACAAGUUCCCAGACAGAUCAUCUCUGGCAAUACUAGAGAGGAGAAACUCUGUUGGUCGAAUAGUGUACAAAACUGUCUCAGAGAUCUGGAGCGGCAGUGAGGAAAACAAGUUUGUGUUACUUGACUUCCUGGACCAGUUAAGAAAAGACCCCAGUCUGCUGUCAUCAGAGACUAUCCUCACUGAGCUGAACGAUGAGCUCGCCCCCGUGUUUUUUCUGCGCUGGGUCUACAUUGCUAUAGAUUAUUGGUCUGACAUGUGGGAGAGUGUUCUUCAUAACAACUGGAGAGAGAUGAUGCCGCUUCUGUCACUGAUAUUCUCUGCACUCUUCAUCCUCUUCGGCACAGUUAUAGUUCAAGCAUUCAGUGACUCAAGUGAUGAGCGAGAUUCAGUUCCUACUGAUAAAGAGGAGCUACACGAUAAGGAGAAAAGCACAGAGGCAAACUAUACAAAGGAAAAUACCAGGGUCCCUAAGAAAGGUUUUGUGGAGGUGACUGAAUUAACAAAUGUGAACUAUAUAAGUAACCUUGUUAGGUUACGUCCAGGACACAUGAAUGUGGUGCUUAUACUGUCUAGUUCCACCAAGGCAAGCCUGUUGCAGCGGUUUGCCCAGGAGGUGUACAUGUUUACAGGGAGCAGCUCCCUCCAUUUCUCUUUCCUUAAUUUGGAUAAGCACAGGGAAUGGCUGGAAUAUUUACUGGAAUUUGCUCAGGAUGCAGCUCCCAUUGCUUACCAGUACGAUGAGCACUUCUUUGAACGGGAUUACACAGGAUACGUUCUUGCUUUGAAUGGUCACAAGAAAUACUUUUGUCUGUUCAGAGCACAGUCUACCUUAGAGGAUGAAAAACAUGUGGAUGAGUUAGAACUUUCAAUACCCGCUGGGGACACAUUAAGGAAGAUCUCAUUAGGCUCGGGAAUGGGCCAUAUUAAAAAGAAAUUAAACAAGCUAUCUCUAUGGAUGGAACGCCUAUUAGAAGGAUCUUUGCAAAGGUUCUAUAUUCCUUCAUGGCCAUCGCUUGACUAAGUCACUACGGAGGACUUUAAGUCCCAUAGAACUGUGAACUUUUGAACGUCUGUCCUGCCAGAGGGAUUUAAAUGCUUUAAAUUUUUUCCCCCCUGAGAUUUGCCAGGCGCAAAUACUGACUGCUGGGGAUUGCUUCAUUACAGAAAAUGAACACUCCAAUAACAUCUAUUAUGUGACAUCCUAACUAUCCUUGCCUUACAUACGUUUCAGCUGUUUUAGCUCUCCACACGGUGACACGCAGUCAUACAUCUGCGCUCGGCAUGGCAAAAUCCAUAUUGCUGCUUUUAGUAAGAGGAGACAGACUAAAUUACAGGCGCAUAUGUAGCCGUAGAAGACUUAUUUUUUUUUAUUAUUUUUUUUAAAGGAAUUCCAUGUCAAAUUUUAUUAUUAAAUUGUGGCCUCACUAAUAACUUAGUCAUUUACAUAGGUUGUAACCACAUUUCCGCAAGGUUAUGGCUACAUUGCAAUGCCAUCUAUAAGCUGUUCAGGAUGCAAUUGCAAUAAGGCACUUAAGGAGUUUGGUGACCAUCGUACAAUUAUCUGACCAUAAGCUUUUGAAUAACUGUGACACCCAAGUUAGGCAAGGGCCCAUUUGCUGCUAAAAAGGGCUGCAGUGCAUUCAUAUGCUAUUCAUUGCUACUCUCCCUGGCAGCCAAAGGAUUCAUUCAUUAGCUCUAGGGUGUGUCUAGCAGUACUGUACAAUCACUAAGCCAUUUUAUGUCAUAAACACAGACUUGUUUGUCUGUCAGUCUUAGAAUUUGUGUAGAUGUUUUUAUAUAGCUGCGGAUCUGAGUUACAAAUGUGCAGCACCAGAUAAUAGUUUUGAACAUGAAAUAGUCUUCUGAUCAACAUCUCUGUUCAUCAAGAUACAUUAUUGUUUUUGUAUAAUUAAUUUGUCCCCAUGAAGCCUUCACUCUACAAAUAUAAAAUUACUGAAUUUUUUUAAAGAACUGUUCGAGAUAAAACUGAGGAUCUAAUAUAGAAUUGGAAAUAUAGGCUAUAAUUAAAAUGACUUCUGUCGGAUAAAGGGGUUAAUCGCUGCUAAGUCUUACAAAGAAUUGCAACCGCCUAUGACAAGAUAAGGGGUUAAAUACCUGUAUGUAAGCUGCACCUACAUCAUUUAUUCUAUUCUGAUUUUUUUUAUUUAUUUUUUUUUGUCUGCCAGUUGUUGUUUUUUAUUUCAUUUAAAAAUUAUCCAAAAAUUAGAUUUAUAUAUUUGAUAUUAAAUGCCAAAAGGUAUCACAUUGGUAUUUAAAUAACAAUGUGACUGCAAACAUACAACGGAUGGUGCAUCCCUGCAAUAGUUUUUAACCUCUUCAUGCCUUGUUUUUAAGAUAUGUUUGAUAGGAAUAUAUAUCUAUACAACAGCAGCCUUUCCUAAAUUAUAAUAAUGUAAAUCAUAGGGAAAUUGUAGUCUGUAUAAAAGCCAAAUAACUGUUUACUUUUCAAUGCUUCAUUAUAAAAUUGUAAAUAUUCAAGGUUUAACCAUUUCAACACUGGUGUUUUCUGGUGUUAACCCAUGUGAUGAGAUGUGUUUGCAUGCAGAUAAAUACCAGUACUGCUGCGCAGAGCCAGAUCAAAUGAAGCGACUUGUUACCUUUGGUCAGAACAAGCAUUGGAAUAUUGGUUUCCAUUAAUAAGUGUAAACGUUAAAGGGACAGUGCACAAAAUGUAAUGAAAGAUUGCCUUGUCUGUUUGUGAAAUCAUCGUACUGUAUGUUUUAAAUGUAUUUUACUUUAAUUUUGUAGAAGUGAGCCAGUUGCUUCAGCCUUGUUUGUUGUACAAAGCAUGUUUGACACAUUUUGCAAAAGUUGGCAUUAAAAUGGGGUAGCGCUUGAACCCUUUCAAAUGUGCAGAAAUAGGUGCACCAUGAAAUGCAAUGCCCCCUCUUCAGUAACAAAGGGAUUAAAGACUCACAUGAAAAAGCCUGAAUGUUCUAUACAAAAACCAGAUACACUAUUGAAAUAUAGUGUAUAUAUCUGGCAGCACAGCAGAACGGUUUGCACUUUUUUGUAGAAAAAAAUAACUUAUUUUAGUGAUUUUUUUUUUUUUUUUUUUUUUAUUCUCAUUAUUUAAAUUAUCCGAACACUGUCAUUGUAUUAUUUUUGUUUUAAAAUAAUUAUUGCAUUGAAAACUGAAAUAAACUAUUUUAAACUGUGAUGUAUGCGGUUAUGUGUUGGGCUGGUGUGGCUACACUUUAGCCAAACACUGCUGGAAAAAACGUCUACAUUAAUCUGUUAAAGGAUCAUUAAAUACGGUGGAAUUGCAAAAUAAAAAGACAAUACGAUAUAA